UGUUCGUUGAUUGAGUCAAGGCAUCACACUAAAUCAGACUGCAUGCUGCUCGAAUCUCCCGUCGCCACGAGCUUCAAAGAAGGCUUGCUCACGCCCACGUGGCAUGAGGCGGCACAGCCGUGCACGCUUGGCUGGAGCCACCUCUCGUACACGGUGACGACGCGCAACAAGCCCAAGUCCAUUCUGGUCGACGUGUCGGGGCGAUGUGGGCCCCGCGAAAUGCUUGCGAUCCUCGGCCCGUCCGGGAGCGGCAAGACGACCCUCUUGGACCUGCUCGCCGACCGCAUCUCGAGCGGCAAGACGACGGGCGCGAUCGAAAUCAACGGCGAGCCGCGCGACCACCGGAGCUUUCGGUCACUCGCCUCGUACGUCGCGCAAGAGGACGCGCUUCUCGGGUCCUUUACGGUCCUCGAGACGCUGCGCUUUGCCGCGCAGCUGAGCCUCCCGUCGUCCGUAUCAGCGUCAACACGCGAGACUCGGGUGCUCGCCGCCAUCGAGGAUAUGGGCCUCUCGUCCUGCGUCGGCACGCGCGUUGGUGACAUCUUUCGCAAAGGGCUCUCGGGCGGCCAGAAGCGGCGUCUUAGCAUCGCGAUCGAGCUCCUCAAGGAGCCGACGAUCCUACUGCUAGACGAGCCGACGUCGGGCCUCGAUGCGGCGUCGACCGUCAGCGUCGUCGAACACCUUCGCCACAUCAGUACCGACCGAGGUUGCACUGUGCUCUGCACAAUCCACCAGCCGAGCUCCGACGUGUACGACUUGUUUACGUCUGUGCUGGUCCUUGCCGCCGGCCGCACCAUGUAUUUCGGCCCACCCCUCGGCGCGCUCAGCCACUUUGCAGCCGCGGGGUACCCCUGUCCGCCCAUGACCAACCCCGCCGAGUUUUACCUCGAGCUGGUCAACGACGACUUCGAUGGCCACGCUGACGUACUGGCGCUCGCCAGUGCAUAUGACCCGCGCCCCGUGCUGGACAUGCUGGAGAUGGACCGCGCCAGCUUGCUUGGUAUCACGGCAAGUGACGACGGCGCGUCCGCCUUUGCGCAAGGCCUCGCCCUGCUGCAUCGCACGAGCAUCAACAACGUGCGGGACCCCGGCGUGUACUGGGUGCGUCUGGCGAUGUACACGGCUCUGUCGCUCACGACGGGCACGCUCUUCAUCUCGACGAACGCGAACCUCAACGAAGGGAAUCGCGUCGCGCUCCUGAUUUACGUGCAAGCGUUCCUCGUCUUUAUGAGCAUCGCCGUUUUGCCCGUGUUCAUCCAGCAGCGCGCGGUGUUUGCGCGGGAGCGCGCCAACCACAACGUAGCCGUCGCGAGUGCCGUCGGUGCCAACUUUGUCGCGGCGCUGCCCGGCAUCUUCCUUAUCACCCUCCUCUCCGCGUCGAUUGUGGUGCUGCUCGCGGACUUGCACAACUUUGGCUACUUUGUGCUCAACCUCUUCCUCACGCUCGUCGUCGCCGAGUCCUUCAUGCACGUGAUUGGCGCCAUGGUGCCCCAGUACAUUGUCGGCAUCGCCCUCGCGUCUGGGAUUUACGGGAUGUUCAUGCUCUGCGAGGGCUUUAUGGUGCCGCGGCCUGCGAUGCCGUCGUACUGGCUCUGGGGCCACUACAUGGCGUUCCACUCGUACUCGUUCGAGGCCUUCUUGUACAAGCAACUCACACCGACCAACUCGAGCGAAAGCCGCUUCCUCUUUGCGCGCUACGGGCUCGAGGACGUCGACUGCGACCGCAACAUGCUCGUCCUCGCCUCGUACGCGCUCGCGCUCCAAGGCAUCUACCUCGGUAUUCUGCACCGCUUCCACACGGGUCGCCGGUAAUUAUGCACAACUUGUCCAUGA